GAAACAGACCACAGUCUACUAGCGGCCUGUAGGCUGCGAAUCAAAUGCUUACGUAGUAGCAUUUGCCAUCAUAGAAACAAGAAGAUUGCUCUAGGCAUUCCUGCAACAGUUGUGAUCCCGUGAUCUUCCCCCUCUUCGCAACCAUCGAAGCGCUUUCUUUCUAACGUCGUCAGCCCCUCCCGCGUAGUUCAGACCAUCCAGUCGGUGAGCUAACCAACACCCUACACGGCCACAGACUCAUCGAGGGACCGGACCAGAUAUGUCUCAAAGAACUUUCGCUGCCAUCGAUGACUCCCUUUCAUUGGAGACGCCCCGCGUCUCGGGAAGCAGUACCCUCUCGAUAUCCGCACUGGCGCGAUUCGAAUUUGAAGCCGGAAAGGGCAACGAUGGCACAAAGAUCUUGAUGGUCGAGUGGGAAGAUGAUGAUAUUUCGAGAUCGUCGACGGGUUCUUGGCAUGUUUCAUGGGAAGGCAAGACAACUGUCUUACCAGCAGAUGAGCAGACGACGGAGAACACCAAUAGGUUCUAUUUCUUGCUACCUCCAAAGACAACAGUGCCUCCGGUGAUAGAUUUGACUUACACGCCACAUCCGGAAUCAGCUUCUACUGUUAGACAGCCAGAAUCUAUACAGAUAAAUCCACUGCCUGCAAUAUUUCCUCCAGAGCUUGGUGCUACUGCUCGAACUGCAGGGAAAAAAGGAGUCUUACAUACUAUAUGGGCCAAAAAGAGACUUCAGGUUUUAGAUAACGAGAUAAAGUCUGAGUCGGCGACUAAUGUCGAAGGCAUUGCCUUACAGAUGGCGAUUCAGGAGAAGGAGUGGAUUGAAGAGAAUUACGGUGUUUCAAGUCCGCCAUCCGUAAUUCAAAAAGCUUCUUCUUCCGAUCAAGCCAUUUUUUCUACGCCGUCCUCGCCGCUUACCAUGGUUUCACCCGGUGGUAGCCGAUCCUUAGGUGAGAAAUUGAAGGGUCUGAGAUUGGAUACUAGUGAGACGACACCGUCUAAAAGGAGUGAAGAUUAUAAAAGUGAUGGAAGCGGACAAACAGGAGACACUGAUAGAUACCACCUCCUCUCCCCCCAAACUCGCGACGUUGCAGUAUCUUCCUUCAGCGCUUUUUCUCAUGUAUCACAACCUGACAAUGAGGUCCAAAGUUAUGUCGCACACAAUCCGCCAGCCUCUAUACAAAAGGCCCAGAGCAAUGCUGGAGAUUUCGUGUUCAUGAGUACUUUGACUCGCACCGAAAGUACUGACUCGGCAGAUGGCCUGUUCGCAAAGGCGCUUAGUCCUCGUACUCCGGAUUUACCAGUCAGCCCUUUUUCUUUUUCUAGGUCAGAUACGAUGGCCUAUGUUUCCAACAGGUCAUAGCCUAGUAACUAGUUACCCCCAAAACUGAGUUACUCAAUUCCUGUUUUAACCGUUAGCUCCACCGGCAAUGCAUAGUCUUUGAGUAUCAGUCGCCCGGUUGUCUUUGAUAUUCUUAUCAUUAUCAUAUCCUCCCAUGCAGUGGCAUCAAUGAAGCUGUCAGAUAUCGUUACCUGUAUAUACUACACGCCAUCUAUUACCUAGCUCCUCGACUUUCCUGAGCUCUGUUGCCUAUCAUCUUUUUGAUACCCUUGAAUAAUGACACAGUUCUGACAUGAUGGUC